UAGUAUUUUUUAUAGGGGUCUCUUACGACGAAGCUUAUUCGCAAACUUUUAAGCAAAAUGUCCUGAACAUAUUUGCACAAAACACAAGCAUCAGCGACGACACGUUGCCUAUGCUGAGCAACUAUUUAUGCCCAUUGCUCCUGCUGUUCUUUUGGAUGGUCUCCAUAAUGUGCACCUGCCUGUGUUGCAAGUUCGUAAAAUCGGAAACGUCAACCACCUACGACUCGAAUAUCUUUGAAAUGCAGGAGGUUCAUAUCCUGGGUCCCGAUGUUCUUCAUGCCAAAGCAUGUGCUUGUUUGGAGUGUCUGCAUCGUCAGUUAGCUAAGGAGAUGAAGCUGAAAAAUAAUACCUAA